CCAGGAAAAGAAUAUCGCGCGAGGAAGGUCAAGCCGCGAGAGAGGAGACGCACAGAUCCCUCCUCCUCUUUCUCCUGCACAUCUCUCCCCCAUCGACGCGGCAAAACCAGGCCGGAGCCGGAAUCCUGGUUCCGUCCCUGCGAUCCUCCCUUCCGGCGAUCAGCCAUGAACGAGAAGGCCUCCGUCUCCAAGGAGCUCAACGCCAGGCACAAGAAGAUAUUGGAAGGCCUUCUGCGGUUGCCGGAGAACAGAGAAUGUGCAGACUGCAAAUCAAAAGGUCCUCGAUGGGCAAGCGUAAAUCUUGGGAUAUUUGUAUGCAUGCAGUGUUCUGGAAUUCAUAGAAGCCUUGGGGUACACAUAUCGAAGGUAAGGUCUGCUACACUUGAUACAUGGCUGCCGGAGCAAGUUGCAUUUAUUCAAUCAAUGGGAAAUGAAAAAGCAAAUGGCUAUUGGGAAGCGGAGCUGCCCCCUAAUUAUGAUAGGGUUGGGAUAGAAAACUUCAUCCGUGCGAAAUACGAGGAUAAGAGAUGGAUACCGAGGAAUGGAACAUCAAAGCUGCCCUCUAGUGCUCGAGAUGAGAAGAGUUCAGGCCAAAGAUCUUCAUUGGAGCAACACCGCUCUUCACCAGCUGCUACGAACAAAAUUGCUCCAGUAGCUUCUAGGAUGCACACACAGCAGGCAUCUCCUCAGCCAAAAGCAGAACUACCAGUUCCCAAGGUUGCUUCGCCUCCUCAGCCAGCGAAAUCACCUGCUAAAGUCGUUGCAACACCCCCAAAAGUUCAUCAGCCAUCGGUUGCACCACCUCCUAAAGUUGACUAUGCCACUGACCUCUUUGACAUGUUAUCAAUGGAUGGACCAACUGAGAAAGAACCGGAGUCAUCUUCGAACGAUGACAAUGCUUGGGAUGGCUUCCAGUCUGCAGAAGCAGCACCUAGCUCUGUGAAAUUGGAUACUGCUAAGCCAGUAGAAAGUAAGACCCAGUCUACAUCAGGAAUAGAAGACUUGUUUAAAGACUCACCAGCGGUGGCAGCAUCUUCAGCUCCAGCUGUUUCCAAAGCAAACCCGAAGACAGAUAUCAUGAGUCUGUUUGAGAAGUCCAAUAUGGUAUCACCAUUUGCUAUGCAUCAGCAGCAGCUUGCUUUUAUGAAUCAACAGCAAGCUUUCCUAAUGGCUGCUCUUAAAUCUGGAAAUGCACCCCAAAUGGUUCCGGGGAAUGCCAGUCUGCUAAAUUCGAAUGGUUCUAAUGCCCCCAAUGGAAGCUUGCCUUCCCAAAACUGGCCAAAUCUAGGUUAUCUAAACCCUUCAUCGAUUCCAGCAGCAGCACCACAGAAUGGUGCCGCCAAGGCUGGGGCCAACAGUCAGGACUUCUCUUCUGGGAACUUCAGUUUUGGUUCACCUGGCGUGUACAACAACAUAAGUUCAGCAAUGCCUUCAAAUGGGGCCACAAGCACGAGUUCUAACAAAAGCACAUCAUCUACUGCCUCUUCUACCCUCCCCUCUCAAUCAGGCAAAGAGUACGAUUUUUCCUCAUUAACUCAAGGAAUGUUCGGGAAGCGAUGAAUGCUUUGCCAUACUUGGAAAUGGUCUGAGUGGCCUCCAGUUGACGAUAAACACGCAGAAUUAGGGAGAACGUUGGGGGGCUUGUACACUCUUACUGAGGCAGCUUUUCUUCUUGUGGAUACAUAGUUACAUCACCUUGUGGCUGUGCUGGACCAACAAGAGUGCGCGAUAUAGCAGAUGUUGCUCAUGUUGUUUCCUACAGCUGAAUAGUCUCAUAUUGUUUCACUGAUGCCAAAAACAUUGAACAGAGGAUUCCAUUGUGGCCUUGUUGAAUCUCCAUUUAUGAGAGUGUAAUGCAACUCUUACAUUCUCUUGUUCAGGGCGUAGUUGCAAUACCAUAUACCGAUUACUUUGUAUUGUACAAGAAUGAUUUGAUUCUGUUGUUUUCCCA